UGCGCUGUUUGCGUAGCUGUGCCCGUGUCUACGUACGCGCUUCGGUCACUGCAGUUCCGUGCUGGCGCAGCGCGUCCUUCCGCCAGUGCUCGUCCUCGGCCUCGCACACAACAACAAAGUAUUAAAUUUUGCACUGGCGCUGGUGACAUUUAACACACACUCUCCCAGUGGAUCAAAACAACACAAUAAAGAAAUCCGCUCCAGUAUGUCAGAAACUGUGAAGUAUGUGGACGAUGAGCACAAAACCAUCUUUCUGAAGCUACUGAACGAGCAGAGAUUGGAGGGCGAGCACUGCGACAUUGCGGUCGUCGUCGAGGACGUGAAAUUCAGGGCGCAUCGCUGUGUGUUAGCGGCAUGCAGCAACUACUUCAAGAAGCUUUUCAAGAAACACGAGGUGGAUAGCUCCUCCGUCAUAGAGAUCGACUUCAUCCGCUCGGACAUCUUUGAAGAAGUGCUCAAUUACAUGUACACCGCCAAGAUUUCUGUGAAGAAGAAAGAUGUGAAUCUAAUGAUGUCUUCGGGACAGAUAUUGGGAAUCCGGUUUCUGGAUAAGCUCUGCUCUCAGAAGCGAGACAUGUCCUCCGAUGAGAAAAACGACCUCAGGAACGCCAGCAAGUUUCCGUACGACAUGGUGAAAAUGGGGCUUCCGACGGACGAUCCUCCACUAACUCAAGACAACGACGUCCAGGUGCUCGGGGACCAAGAUGAUGCUCCUUCUGAUGAUAUUGUGGAGGAAGCUCAAAGCAAUCACGACCUGGACAAAUCGCCCAACAACGCCCUGAGAGUGCAGGAGGCCAUCCUGAAAGAGUUGGCGCAAGAAGAGGUACAUAAGGUGAGCUGCUACGACCAGGACGUGGAAGCCAUGGUCACGGAACCCAAAGAACUGGCGGCUCACACGCAGACGCUGUCGUUCGCGGACAGCAUGGGCGACGUGAAGGACGAACAGCCCCCCGGAUGGACGACGGCCACCGGCGACAUGAAGUUUGAGUAUCUGCUCUACGGCCACAGGGAUCAGCUCGCCUGCCAGGUGUGUGGCAAGACGUUCGUCGACGAAAACCGCCUGAGGAAACACGAGAAACUGCACUCGGCCGACCGACCCUUCGUUUGCGAGAUCUGCACCAAAGCGUUCACCACGCAGGCCCAUUUGAAGGAACAUCUGAAAAUUCACACAGGCUUCAAGCCCUACAGCUGCGACUCCUGCGGGAAGUCGUUCAUCCGUGCUCCCGACCUGAAGAAGCACGAGCGAGUGCACAGCAACGAGCGGCCGUUCAGCUGUCAGAUGUGCGACAAGGCGUUCAAGCACAAGUCGCACCUGAAGGACCACGAGCGACGCCACCGAGGAGAGAAGCCGUUUGUGUGCGGCUCGUGUACGAAGGCCUUCGCCAAAGCGUCCGACCUGAAGAGGCACGAGAACAACAUGCACAGUGAACGCAAACAGUUGACGGCGAGCGGGCUGCAGAGCGAAACCGAACAGCUCCAGGCCGCAGCCAUGGCCGCCGAAGCCGAGCAACAGCUGGAGUCUAUAGCGUGCUCCUAACGUGCGCAACGGUCCGUCCGGAGACAUUUCAUUUGGCUAAAAUGUUGUAGUCUUAUCACCAUUUUUUGUGGGCCUCAUUUGAUCAUUUUCGGGAACAGUUUGAAUCGCAGAUCUUGAUUGUGGUUUUAGACUAUUUGAUUUACACUGAUGACUUUUUUUUGCUUUUUUUAUAUGUAAGUGGUGCAUUUUCUCUUACUGUACAGUUCAUACCAAAUGAAUUUGAGUAUUUAUGGCAGCCAGAUGGACGAUGAGACACAAACGUGUUGUAGUAGUUACACAGCGCCGGACACGUGGGGGAUUAGUAAUGCUGACAGCCUUUGGUCAAUCAUUCCAUCCGUUUCUUGCAAAACGUUGGGACAAAUUUACACGUUGAGAUAUUUUUGCUGUAAUAAACAAGUGGUCAACCAUUAAAUGCAUGUAAUGUUUUCUUGUUAUUGUUCGUGCCAUAUCUCUAUUCCCACAUAGAGUUCCUUAUAAAACACCGUU